AUGCCCAGAAGAAACCAUCAUCCAGACAGCAACUUUUUCGGAGGGAAAGGACACAGCUAUCUUGCAGCAGAAGAAGCUCUGGGUAUUGGACUCUUCAUUUUGGUGCUGGCGAUUUUACUUCUCUUUGGCUGCUGGUAUUACAAAAGACGCGGUGGCUAUAAACGCCUGCGGAGCAAAAGCUCCAGCGUGGGCACGAUACGAACCAUGGUGGAUGAGGGAGCAAUGCUGGACUGCAAAAUGGCUCUCCAGGAGUACAGAAACUUCAACUCUGUGGUACCUGAUGCUCCACCAGCUUAUGACAUAAUCGCUGCAGAUCAGUCACCACCACCUUACUCACCAUGA